CUAUUACUUACUAUGCUAUUAUUACUUAUUACUACUAUUCUUACUAUUAAACUUCAAUUAUGCACCUGCUUUUGACGGAUCGGUACGUGUUGUGCUGCGCAUAUACAAUCGAGAGCGACAUCCUUUAUUUUUAUUUAUUCAUUAUUAUUAUUAUUAUUGUAACUAACUUUGACACCAUGGGCUCGUGAGUCAGUGCCCAUAGAGUCACUAAAUAGGGAGCAGAGUAGCAACACUGAGCCACGCCGGCGGACGAGUCCACCAUCUUGGGUCCGGCACGGCUGCGUCGCCUAGCAACGGGACAACAUUCUCCCCCUUCUCCGCCGGAGAACUGCGCGCAGCAGCGCAGUCGAGCCAGCUCGCGACCGGGGAAACCGGUUUUGGAUGGAGGGGACUCAACGAGUCAACAUAGACGGCGCGUGCUUGGAAGUAGAAACCACGUGACACGAUCGGCCCAAUCGAGGGCUCCGAACGGCGGCACCGGCGCGGAGAAGGAAUACCCCUAUUCACUGACUCUAGGUGCCCAGAACCCCUUUCACCUUUGUGGCGAGCGCCCAAAGGAAAACAAGACCGUCACCAUUCUCAGGUAGCAGGCAACCCGCGUGAUCGACAACGGAAUGCGAUAUCAGGUGUCCCUCAGAAAACCGAGAGCCGAGGAGUGUAUACAGAAAACUUCUUUUGAGCCUGAAGAACGCGACACUGAAGAGUGAGAGAACAGGAAGACGACUCCGGCUCCGCGUCCUCAACACCGGCGGCGGAAGACAAAACAAAUGCCUUCUUAAAACGUUAUGCAGCUAUGAAGAGCCGAACACUUCACCGAAAAGCCGAACUCCCUUUCCCUCUUCCCCGAACUUCUUGAAGAAGAAGAAGGCAGAGAAGGAAGGAGUGCGUUUUCCCCCUUCUCUUUUUUAUUUUUAUAUGAAACCGAACUAAUGUGGUUUAGAACAAGAGCAAUGUAAACAACAAAAGUUACAAGUAGUUACGUAAGUGUCCCUGUCAUUCACGCAGGAGCGAAAAAUGAGUUAAUGUUAUCCUAAGUACAACUCCAAACCCCAUGAUCAACAUCACCGCUAUGCGUCAUCACCGCAUGCUUCCCUGGGAAGAAGACUUCCAUGGCAUGGCUGCGUCCAUCGUCCGUUUACAGGACACUUACCUGCUGAACAUGACUCAGCUGGCUGAUGGACUUCUCAAGACUUCUACCAGCGAGAAAGGGAUCAAGGGACAGCAAGCGCUCUCGGGUCGGGAUUGCUUCUUCAUCGGCAAAGUGGCCUUUCAGACGGGCUUUUUCGACCGAGCAGUGGAAUGGUUCGAAGAAGCUCUGGAGCGAACAGAAUCCGAGCAGCCUCCUUCGCUCAGGAAGGAGGAAGUGCAGCCCUUCUACGACAACGCCAUCAAGAAGCACGACGAGGUCUUGGAAACGAAAGGAAAAGCCGGUCAGAACUGGCAGACAUAUGGAGUGCCGGUGAGCGAACGCCGCCAGAGGUCCACAGAGUUCCAGGCGAAACUCUUCGACGAUUCAAUCUCUCAGGUACUAGAGGUCCAACAGUUCAAGCGGUUAUGUAGGGGAGAGAACAUCAGGAGUGCCAAACUGAACAGGCACUUGCGAUGCCGAUACUACUUUGGCAAACAUCCCUUCCUGCGCUUCAAUCCGGUCAAGCUGGAAGAGUUGAAUCUAAAGCCAUAUGUGGCUGUCAUGCAUGGUGUCAUUCAAGAGAAGGACAUCAACGACCUGUUGGCCUUUGCAAAGCCCAGGCUUAAAAGAUCCACACACUUUGGAGGCAGAGGAAGCGUGGCAUCGGGAGUCAGGACGAGCUCAAAUGCUUGGCUCGGAGACGAGGACGCCGAUGUUGCCGUGCGUCUAAACACCUUCCUCGGGGACCUCCUAGGCCUCGGUACCAGAUUCGAUGAACAAGAAGCGGAGAAGUAUCAAUUGGCAAACUACGGUAUUGGUGGACAAUACUUAUCGCAUAUUGAUUUCCUGCAGACGUCGUACAACCUGCCCAACGUACCAGUGCACGACUUCGAAAGAGGCGCCGGCGAUCGAGUGGCGACGCUCAUGGUUUACUUGACCGACGUCGCAGAAGGGGGCGCCACAGUAUUUCCACACCUCGGACUACGGAUCGAACCAAAGAAGGGCGACGCCGCCUUCUGGUGGAACCUGAAGACGGACGGCGAAGGUGAGCAACUCGCCACCCACGGGGGUUGUCCCGUGCUCUUCGGAACAAAGUGGAUCGCUAACAAGUGGUUCAGGACCAACUGCAACAUGUUCCGGUUACCGUGCGGCAAGAACUCUACAGACAGUCUAGCACCGUUGUGAACAUAAAACUUGCGGCAUUCUUCCAUCACAUCAUCCAUCGUUGAGGGGAGAACACAGCUUCGCGGAGAAUAAACUGUGUAUGGUUCCCUCA